UUGUCAUUCUUCUGUCACUUUUUUCUGUUACUGAAUGUUUUACCAGUUUUGAAAAAAAGUAAUCAAAAAGGAAACAAACUGCACCGGCUUCUUUGACAUUAAUCAAUAAAAAAAUGAUGAAUAUAUAUAUAGGCAUAUGGACGAUACACAUCAUGUCGAAAUAUCAGACGAAGUGACUUUUUUCAAACUACAUGAUCUCGAUGGUGAUGGUUACUGGACUGACCGGGAACUGCGUUCUCUCUAUGGACUAGAAAGAGAUGUGUCGUCGGAUGCCAUACAUGUCAACACCAUUGUUCACCGUGCAUUUCAAGAUCUAGACACUAAUCAUGACGGUUUGAUAUCUCUUCAAGAAUAUAUGGUUUAUCAUCUUCCUGACUGGACAGAAGAAGAAAUCUUGAUUGAAAAACAAUGGCGAUUAUCCCAUCCUUCUCCUGAAUUAUUGGUCGAUCAUCAUUCUCCCGCAGCCUCCUGGGAAGAGAACGACAAUGACGAUGAUCAUAUUCCCAACAAAUUCAAAGUACAAUAAAUGGAUAGAUACAUGUUUUACUGAUCAUCUUUUAGUAUAGUUAUCAUCAAGUGUACAUUUUACCCCUUAGUUCUUAUAUAAAAG